AUGAGUAUGACCACAGAGCUGUACGACGACCACAGAGCAGCUUUCUCAGGGAGGAUCAUACUAGUGAUAAGUCCAGGGGAGGAGCCGGCCCACCUCCCCCUCCUGCAGGCCCACCUCGCCCUUCUGCAGGCUCACCUCACCCUCAUGCAGGUCCACCUCACCCUCAUGCAGGUCCACCUCCCACUCAUGCAGACCCACCUCCUCAUCCCCGAGGCCCACCAACUCUUGUGUCCUGCACCCCGGCUGGCUGGCAGACCCCUCUCUCUGAAGCACUAG